AUUCUGCGAAUGGCGUCGGUCGGUACAUCUGUCAUGUUGUGUACGUUGUGAAUAUCCUGUCAAAAACAAAUCUUGUUUUGUGCUAUGUGAUUUAUAAGACUGCUAGUAAUAAGGAUACAUAUCAUUAACAAUUGCGUGCAUAACUAUAGUCAUGAAGGUCGACAGUUAAAAGCAUAUUGCCGUUACGAUAUACACUUCGAAUCAGAUUAUUCUAUAUUUUAAGACACAAUGACAUCAAAUCGAGAAGAUGGUCCCGUAUAUUAUAGAGAAAUACAAAAGAAUGCAUUCCUUAAAAGGAUUCCGAAUGAUGUUAAUAUUAGUAAACUAAGACCACUUGGCAAUAAGAAGCAACAACUAAAACCUAUGUGGACGUUAUUUUGUGUUCACAACGGCAGGACACCGUUCCUAGAACAAUACCCUGAACCAGACUCUCCGACUACGUUGACACAUCGUCCUACAUGGAGAGUCUGUCUGAAGUCAGCAAGACAUGUCACAGCCAGUGUCAAACCUCAUUCAGGUGAUGAAUAUGACUUCCUGAUAGAUACAGAACAGGGUCCUGUGAGAAUGUUAGCUCCGGAUUGGGAUUCAAUGCAGGAAUGGGUUACUACUCUUAGGAAUAAAUUGCAUGAACUAAAAAUUCUAAGUAAAGGGGAGAAUGUGUACUGCGCAGCCCCCGUGGCACCAGCACCCCGAGCGGCGGCACGUGACCCCACUUCUCCCCUGCCGCCUACCCCACCAGUGCCACCUGAUAGAGUACCAGGUAUAGAAUUAACCACACAAACAACCCGACAAUCAGAAACCAGUGAACCAAUUGAAUCAACAGAAACCCAAGCAAUCCGAACACAAUCGGAACCUCAACCUGAUGAUAUAUCACAUUGGGAUGUAUUACCAAGUACAAGUCAAAGCGAACCAAAAAGUGUUACAAAAAUCUGUGGACAAAAUAUAUGUUUAGAUGAUUCUAUAUUAAAAAGAAAUACAGAAGUCACUGACAGUGAUGAAGAGUUUUUCCAUGAAAUAGACGGGAUACAUGAAUCUAUUGGAAAUUUAUUAAUCGAUGAAAAUAAAUAUAAACAAAGAGUUGUUGUUACUAAUGGUGAUGAAACAAAUAAUGGAAUAGAAUCACAAAGUGUCCCACAGAGAACAAAUAUAACUGUUAUACAAGUGUCAAAUAAAGGCCCUCCGCAUACAGCUAUACCAGUCUUAGGUCCGGAGACAGAUGUCUUUGACUUCAAUAUACAACAAGUCACAGUGUCACCUGACACAGGUCAAAAUGACCAGCAUAGCUUUAUUAAUAUAGUCAAUACUGAAAUUAACGUUCAAAAUACAAAUGACAAUGACUAUGGGACUAUUUUCUCCAAAAACGACUCGGAAUACGGACAUCUAAGUUUGACAACAACUGUCAGUCUGACAGGCGAGGCUGUCAAAGUGACAGGCGACAUUUACGAGAGGCUAUGCAUGGCGUCGACGUCCAGAGACAAACCGACAUCGCCAUUGCCGGUGAAUAAAAUAAAAAAUAUAGAUAAAAUCAGGAAAUCAUCUUUACCGAAUUUGGAAUUGGCCGCGGAAUCGGCGUAUGAAUAUUUAUUUCCUAAUUCUAGUCAGAAUAAUAAUAUUAGGAAUACAACGAAUGUAACAAUGAAUGAAACACAAACUACAAAUGGAAUUCGUUCAGAAAUUAAUUCCAAUUCAAAUGAGAGUCGAACGAAUUUAGUGAAUGUGAUAACUCCGGUACAAUCUGUUAGUAAUUUGAGCUCUAAUUCAAGGGCUUUAAGGACUAAUGUUGAAAGAUCUCACAGUCAGAACGCGUGUGAUGGUGCUAUAAGAUUGAAAGAAAAUUUAUUAAGAAAAGUACAUAAUAAUAGUCCGAAAAGAGAAGCUAAAAAUGAUAAAACUGAAUCUCCCAAACCUAUAUGGAAGCGUGGUCUUACAGAGCUCUCAUUAUUGAGUCGACUGAGAGGUUUAGGUAUAAACAAGAGACAGGAGAGUCCAACACGACAAGAUGACUCCGGAGACAGGGUUGUGACAUCUCCGGUCAAAGUAAUCCAUAGAUCCAGACCUCAAGGAAGAAUAGACAGCAGUAGGAGAAGAAGCAAUUCACUAAGUAAUGGACAGUCGCCCCCAAACCCAGUGACUGCGACAGGUAUGAUGGCGCCGCUGCGCGCUCGGCAAGCGGCCGCACUGCGCGCCGAGCAGCGCCGGGGGGCGGCUGUAGCUACAUCAUUGUCAAUCAGAGACCCACCAAUAUUUGUGGAAUAUGAACGACAUGUUUGGAUAGCACGAUGGGGUGUGAACGGUGCUCGGUGUGGAGGUCGCGCUGGUGACCGGGUGGGUGCGCUGGCGGGAGCUCAGCCCACCAGCGCCGCCCACGCCCGCACGCUGCUCAAGACUGCGCACACACCACUUGUAGACAUAUUAUUCCAUCGCGUGCCUCUCGGUAAAAUAUACGUGAUAAGUAAACGAGAUAGAGAAAAUAUAGGUAUAAAAUUAGACAGUGAAUGUGUUAUAUCAUCAGUUGUGGGAGGAUCUUGUGCUAGUAGGGCAGGUAUUCCUCCGCAGGGAAAAUGGGCUGUUACUGAAGUGAAUAACAGACCUAUAGAUUUAUUAAAGGGUGGUGAAGAAGAAAUGAACCGUUUAAGUAUGCAUGGUACAGAAGUAUCCAUCCUCAUACAGCCAGCAGCUUUUGUGAAGAAAUUAAGAGCAGCUAUCAAAUCAAAUAAGUCUUUAUUGGCUAUAAGAUAAGGUUCAAAAUGAUGUACACAUAUGUAGGUAUAACGCAGUACAUUUUUAAUUUAUUUAUAUUUUCAACCUUAAUUCAUAUGUAACUAGCUAUUGCCCGCGGC